CAUACUAGAUUAGCGCCUGGUGGGAUUUUAAUUUUCUUAACUGGUCAAAAAGCGAUUGAAGAAAGAAAGAAACGUCAAUCUAAAUCGCUUAUCAGGUUUGAAUCUCGUAAACCUUAUACAACUGUGAAAGUCAAUGAUGAAACAAGUAUCAAGAAAUCCGAGUUGAAUACGGAUACAGUCAAAGUUGAAGAUGUUCAACUUGGGAAAGAUACUCAUGAUGCGGCUGCGGAUGUGGAUGAAGUACCGAUGUAUAUCCUACCUCUCUAUUCACUUCUUCCUACAGAAGAACAAAUGAAGGUUUUUGAAGAUCCACCAGCAGAUUCACAAUUAGUUGUGAUAGCUACCAAUGUAGCUGAAACUCCAUUAACGAUUCCAAAUAUAAGAUAUGUAAUUGAUAGUGGAAGAGCCAAAGAACGACAUUAUGGUUUAAGUAGUGGAAUUCAAUCUUUUGAAAUCGAUUGGAUUUCUGAAGCAUCAGCAUCACAAAGAUCGGGUUGA